AUGUCAUUGAAGACGAUAUUUUCAGGUAUACAGCCGACAGGCAUACCACACAUAGGUAACUAUUUCGGUGCAUUGAAGAACUGGAAGAAGUUACAAGAUAACGAAGCGAAUACGACAAGAUUGAUAUACUCUAUAGUGGGAUACCAUGCUAUAACUAUACCACAGUCUCCUAGUAAACUUAAGCAAGAGAGACGUGAGAUGAUGGCUGCAUUGCUAGCUAUAGGUUUGAGUCCAGAUAGAUCAAUAAUAUUCCACCAAGAUCAGGUUGCUCAGCAUACAGAACUUGCCUGGAUUUUCAAUUGCUUCACCUCAGUGAACAAACUGCAACGUAUGACAACUUGGAAGUCGAAAAUCGCAACUCUUAAGAACUCGAAUGAUGCUUCCGAGAUAGACGAUAGUGCACUCAACCUCGGUUUAUUGUCCUAUCCAGUUUUACAGGCAGCUGACAUAUUGUUAUAUAAAGCUACACAUGUCCCAGUCGGUGACGAUCAGCAACAGCAUCUCGAAUUGUCUCGUGAUAUAGCUGAUCAGUACAAUAGAACAUACAAAGCACGUAGAUUUUUCCCUCUUCCCAAUCACAUAAUCACACCAGCAUCAAGGAUCUCAAAUUUACGUGAUCCAUUGUCUAAAAUGUCUAAAUCACAUCCAUUGCCAAACUCUAGAAUAAUGAUUACAGACACGGAUAAAGAGAUAUCAUCAAAAAUUAAGUCAGCCGUCACAGAUUCGUCAAGUGGGAUAACAUUCGACCCAGUGAAUAGACCUGGGGUUGCGAACUUACUCACCAUCUUGGCUGAAUGUACAGACGACACACCAGAAGAAGCCGCUGUUGGUCUCUCAACAUCUGCACAACUGAAAGAUGCGGUUUCAGAAGCCACAAUUAAGACACUCACACCAAUUAGGGAUAAUUUUUACCGUUUGUCGAAAGAGCAUGAAUAUCUGGACAACGUGGCUAGACAAGGUAAAGAGCGAGCAUCGGUAAUAGCAAAUGAUACAAUGAACCAAGUUAGAAAGCAUGUAGGAUUAGACUAGAAUAUCUCUGUACAAUAAAUAAUAGGAUUAGAUAACUUAUAUUUCCAUAAAUUGUUCUCUAUCGGCACCUGUGUUGACUACUUCACCAUGUUUUUCGUCACCUUUGGCCUCUUCAAUAGGAUCAUCCUUGUUUAUAUGUUGAUGGCCUUCAAUACGUAAGCCUGAGAACUUUGGGAAUGAUCUCUUGUAGAGAUACAAAAGAACAGUGUCCAUUUGAGUGACUGGACCGUCGAAGUGUGCCUUGAAGUAACCGUGUGUACCCAAGCUUUCCUUUAUAUGACCAACUCUACCAUACUUUGUGUGAAGUUCGAUUGGCUUGAAGUAUGCAAUAUCAUCUGGAUUAAAGAAGAGAUAACGGACAGUAACAGUCUUCUUGUGCACCUUGAAAGGAUGUCCAGAGAGAAUGAUUCGUUUGGCAAUAAUUCUCGUUGGAUCAGCAUCUUUGAAUGUACCAGUACCAACGAGAUAUGGUGGUUUACCAUCAUCCCUUUCACGCAAAUAGACAAUCGGAACCUUACCCCAUGUAACUGGACCAAAAAUUGUUGCUACUGAUGCAUCACCAUGUCUGAGGUAUCUUUCAAACUUGUGUACGUUGUUCAAACCUUUUGGUGUGUUUUGUGAAUAGAUUGGGUUUAUUUGAAGUUUUCUUGAACCAAUGAUAGCAGUAAGUGGAUCCUUGGACUUUACUAAACCUGUAUAUUCAGUGUUACGUUGAAUAGUCAUAUUAACAAGUGACUUUUUCUUCUCGUGAGGCAAUAAGCUGAAUAUGACAAGUGGUAAUUCGGAUGAUUGAAUAACUGAGAGAUCCUUGCUGACAUUUUUAAUGUGCAAUGUUACUCUCUUGCCAGGUUCAACUGAGGUGGAUUCACCAUCCUCAUCCAUACCCAUCUUGACCCUCUUGAUUACUCGUUUUGACAUCUGGUCGUAAUUCUCAAACUCAAAGACUUUGCUCAUUUCAAUUGGGAGAUUCUCAUAAGGAUCCCAUGGUGACGUUCUGAAUGACUUGAGACCCCUGUAACGUGCAAAUCUCUCCCUGGCUGGUAUAUCCAACGGUGUGUCAAUUUCAUCGGGGAACUCAGCAUCUUCUUUUUCUUUGUUAAGGUAUUCUUGAUACUGCUUGGCCUCUUCGUCUUCAUCGAGAUCUUUGAAAUCGUUGUCACGGGUGUCCAUUUCAAUUUCAUCUUGGUCUUCUUCUUCUUCUUCUUGAGCAGCUGGUUUAUCAUCUUCGAGUUCCAUUUCAGCUUCCUCGUCGCUCUCUUCAUCGUCACUGAGAUCAUCAUCAUUGUCAUCCACAAUCCAUGCAGCUUGGUAAGAAGAUGUUCCCUUUGGUACUUUUCUAGACUUUGCGUUUUCCUCAGCAGCUUCGGCUUCUUCUUGAAGACGCUCUCCUUCUGCCAUUUCUUCCUCCGUUGGCCAGGUUUGCUCAUUUCCGAUUGUGUCAGCUUCAUUCUCAGAAAUAAGGUCAUCUUGCUCUUCCUCGUCUGGUUGAGCGAGUACACCAGUAUCCACCUCAUCAACUGACAUGGUGUUGCCGUUUGGCUUGCUGUUCAGUUGACUAGGAUGAGUAGAGUUGGUGAUCUUUUCUAUUUGAUAAUCACCAGAGUUUGGAAUGUGUAUCAGUCUGUUCGUGUCAAGAUGUUCUCCUCUGACAACACCAGUCAAUUUGAGCAAAUCACCAUCCCAUUCGGCUUGUUCUGUCAAUAAAUAACUCCUAUAAUCUCUCCAAGCAGGCGUUUUAGGUGUACCUGUAGCAAUUGAUCGGAUAGUGUUUGACAACUCAUUCAAUUGGUCGACAGAGGACAAUUUCUGAACAUAUGGGAAGAAGUAUCUGAUGAAAGAUAGAAGAGAAUGUCUAAUACCAGUGUCCUCUUUCUUUUCAACCUCGCUAAGACCUUGUAUGAUACCAAAAACUUCAGAACAAGAUUGUGCUUGUACGCAACGAAGUGUGGUCUCACCCCACUCACCGACUUCGUUAAUAGCGGAGAGUACGGGGAUGAUAUAGUCUGCGAUCUUUGCAGCGUCUAGAAUGGCCAUAAAUUUGGCAUUGUUAUCCGGGAAAGUUGGAACAAUGAACUGAAAUUGUUGGUUAAACCUUGAUAUUCUGCAUCUAUAGAUACCAAAACCCUGAUAUUCUAAUGCUGAGCUCUCCUCCCCUACAGACUUGAGUAAUUGCUUGACUGUGUUCAAGCCAUCUAUGUCUUCCGUGAGUGGAAGGACCAAAACAAUGCGUGGUGCUCCAAAACGACCUUCAAAGAGACGUUUGCCUUCAAGUAGACCAUCUCUUUUCUGUUUCUGCAGCUGCUUAGCUUGGUUUUUCCUUUCUUGCUUGUUCUUGAGGUUAUUGGCCGAGGAAGUUUUUGAGGAAGACUGCUUAGUGUCUACUCUACCUUUGUUUUGCGUUUUAGUAGAGCGUUUUGUAGAUCCCCGUGAUUUGAACUUCUUAUUCGUUUGUUUUAGCGAUGGUCUAUGUGAGUGUGUACUCAUAGUUUGAGAGCAAGGGUGAUAUGAUGUGCAAGCAGGUAAAUCGAUAGCGAGAUUUGAAUAAAGCUGCUAGCAAUUUACAUUUCAACUUUAUAGUAUACUUCUUCCAACAAAACAGUUUGACGGACUUAAGAAGAUUUAUCGAGCUAUUCUACACAGCCAGUAGCGGCGUAUUUAUAUCAAAUAAUACUUCCACUAUCUUAUCCGUAUAUUAUAUAUUUCAUAUUCAGACUUCCACGGACUUAAGUUAGCCCGACUUCUAUCAAAUUACAGUCUUCUCUCUUGGAUUAUAACCACAUC